UUCACGGACAUUUUUAUUUCCAACACACUCUUAUUAAUUUUUAGCUAGUGAUCUUCUUUAAUUCAUUUGAUCUUACGGUCAAAAAUUGAGAUAUGGCCCCUCCGCCCAAGGGUGGUGAUGAGCAGCAGCCUCACAUAUGCGGCAAAGAUGUCAUCAUCCUCUUCCACGACUGGCCUAACAACCACCUCGACAAAUAUGUCUUGGCUCUCUUCUUCAUCUUCCUCCUCGCUGUCGCCAUCGAGAUAUUGUCCGUUUUGCCCAAACACCGACCAAGCACCAAACCCUACCUAUCCCUCCUCGGCCAGACCAGCGUCCACACUUUUCGUACUGGUUUGGCUUACCUGAUCAUGAUCUCCGUCAUGUCGUUCAAUAUCAGAAUCCUCAUCGCCGCCCUGGCCAGCCAUGCCGUAGGUUUCUUCAUCGUUAAGGUUCGCGAUCAUGGCCACCUCCCCGACUAACCCGAACCAAAAAUUUGAUUUAUCUUCUUGUUGUUGGUCAGUGCUUGGGUUGGCUUCUAUCUUUUUUGGUUGGUUUGUAUAAUUUUAUGAGUGCGCUGCUUCUUGUUGUGGUUGCUUUUUUUGGCCUAAGAUUUCUUUGAGCUUGUUGGGUUGUGUUAGCUAGUCAGCUUGUGGUUCAAUUGGACUUAAUAUUUGUAUUGCAUAA